UUUUAAAAAAAGCUUAUUUAGUGAAAUAAGCUCUUUGGAUAAGCUUCCACCAAACACCUUAUGCUAGCUUAUUUAAAAGCCAAUAAGCUAAUGUUGAUCAAAUAAGCUAUUUACCACUUUAACCAAAAAAAUAAAAUAAAAUAAAAAAAUAAAAAAAAAUAUACCAAACACAGUCAUUGGGUCAUAAUUUAUUUGUGGACCGAGCUUUGUUAUAAACAUCGUUUAUUCUUUCUGGACAGUUAAACAGAAAAUCCCAUGUAAUCAAUUCAUCAAAAAAAAAAAAAAAGAAAAAAAAAAAAAAGAGGGGUUUUACAGAAAAAAAGGGUUUAACACUACACUGUACAAACUACUCAUUCUUCUACAAUUUUCCGCCAUUAUCAAACCUCACUCAACAAUGGUGGUUCUAAAGAAGGUAAUGAAAAAGGGUUUAGGAGAAAUGGGGUUCAACAAAGGAGGUGGUCCAGUCAAUUGGUUCCCUGGUCACAUGGCUGCUGCUUCUCGCGCCAUUAGAGACCGCCUUAAGCUCGCUGAUUUCGUAAUUGAAGUUCGCGAUUCUCGUAUUCCGUUAUCUUCGCAAAAUGAGGAACUUCAGCCGCUUCUCACUGGUAAAAGACGUAUUGUUGCUCUCAACAAGAAAGAUUUGGCUAAUCCUAAUAUUUUACCUAAAUGGAUAAAAUAUUUCGAGUCUGACAAACAAGAUUGCCUUUCGAUUAAUGCUCAUAGCAAGACUUCUGUGAAAAAGUUGCUGGAUCUUGUGGAGCUGAAGCUUAAAGAGGUCAUUUCCAGGGAACCUACACUGCUUGUUAUGGUAGUUGGUGUUCCAAAUGUUGGCAAGUCAGCUUUAAUUAAUAACAUCCAUCGGAUUUCAGCUGAACACUUUCCUGUGCAGGAGAGAAUGAAAAAAGCGAUUGUGGGACCAUUGCCCGGAGUUACUCAGGAUAUUGCUGGAUACAAGAUUGCACAUCAGCCUAGCAUUUAUGUUCUUGAUACACCAGGAGUGUUGGUUCCUAGUAUUCCAGAUAUAGAGACAGGCUUGAAAUUAGCUGCGACAGGAUCUGUAAAGGAUUCAGUUGUAGGUGAAGAGCGUAUUGCUCAAUAUCUACUUGCUGUAUUCAACAGCCGUGGGACUCCUCUUUAUUGGAAGAAUUUGAAUGAUCGGAAGAAAGGACUUCAGAAUGGUUCUGAGGGAAAACAUGAAUACAGCAUAAAGGAUCUUUUGCCAAACAGAAGGAAGCCACCAGAUGAUUCUGCUGUUUAUUAUAUUGAGGAUAUUGUAACAGAAGUGCAAUGUGCACUUACCGCUUCUUUCUUAAAUUUUGAUGGUAAUCUUGAAGAUGAAAACGACAUGGAGAGCCUCAUAGAAUUGCAGUUUGAAGCACUUCAGAAGGCAUUUAAAAUACCACAAACUGCUUCAGAAUGCCGUGCAAAGGCUUCAAAAAAAUUUCUGACUUUGUUUAGGAUGGGUAAACUUGGCCAUUUCAUCCUUGAUGAUGUUCCCGAUGUAUGCCAACCUGUAUCUUCAACAAUUUUGUAAGGUGUAUUUUAUUCGAACUGAUGAUCGAAUCUGUUGUUAUUGUAUAGCAAGUGAAGAAUGAACAUUUGCUUUUUCGUCAAUAUAGGGUAACGUAGAAUUAUGAAGUAAAACAUGAGGGGCAUUGUUGCAUAAAUAUUGGCAUAAAUCUCUUUACAAAUUUACAAUCCUUUAUCACACCCUACCAAAUGAUUCGAAAGUGUAGAACUUCAUCAUAGCAAUAAUAGGAAAACUAUCUGUUCGCAUGUUAUGGUAAUUAGUUUCUCCUAUUUUGCCGAGAGUAUUUUUAAAAGAGCUGAAGUGUCAUGUUUGUGUUUGCGUUCGAACAUAACAAGUUUAGAAGUAUCAACUCUUGAUCCAUUUAAUUAAAUAUACA